AUGUUGCGAACGAGACAGCUAGCUUUGACUCGGCGAUUCAGCUGUUGCCUACCGCGGUGCAAGAUUACGAUCGAGCAUGAUGACGACAAGACAUACCAGGAUAUUCCGCGAUCCAGCACUUUGGGAACCGAGAAAUCGAGUCUGUUCUUUUCAUACAGAGCAGGCGGAGAGACGUUUGGCCAGCUGGUCAACGAGGUGCUUCAUGACAGAGACCCGCUUCAUAACCACCGUGUGGUAACGCCAGAGGAGGCUGUUGAGGGCGUUGACCCAAAGUACAGAAACACAGAAACGGGCGAACUCCUUGCUGCUGCCACUAGCAGGGAGGCAAGGCUCCAUCCACAAACCUUGGCGGGCCGAGUGAACAGAAAACGUGUGCAGUUACCCAGACUUAUUGCUGAUGCUAUAAACUACAACAUGAUGCUUUUGCAUGAGCCAAAACUAUUAAAGGAUAAAGUUGCAGGGUACUACAAAAAACUUGAGGAUACGAGUUUGCAUGCGAAAACAAACACUGAGGAGGAGGCAGACGUUUACAUAGCGAGCUCGUUUCUGCAGAAUUACGCUACAUGUUAUCAAGUAUUGGACGAGCUCAAACGCCGUGUCGGGAAAGACUGGAGCCCAAAACGGGUGCUCGAUUAUGGGUAUGGGCCAGGUAUAGGAAUGGUGGCUUUGAACGAGGUGAUGGGCGACGAUUUCAGCCCAGAGGUCAAGGAUGUGGUGGUAAAUGGAUCUUUCCACAUGGAAAGAAGAGCUAAAGUUUUAUUGAGUCGGCAAGCCAACGAACAGCACGAAAGAGGAGCCAGCCAGACUGAGGAAGCAACACAGGAGCGGGAGGAACUAAAAUCUCAAGAAAAGCAGGAGGAGGAUGCUGACUUCUUAGAGGAUGAAGAACCUAACCAGCCAGUGAUAGGAAGGGUGAAAACCAAGUUGCUGAAGAUCAAGUCUGUCAUCUUAGAGAAAUUGCGUCCAGAGAACGUGAAAUACGAUUUAAUUAUUGCUCAGAACCAGCUUUUGCGAGACGAGAAAAAUUUUCCGCUGGAAGUGGAUGAAUCACUGGAUCCCCUGAUCAAAAGACUGGCGCCAGGUGGCCAUCUUGUGCUUUUGGAGCGCGGAAACCCUCUGGGAGCAGAGGUGAUUGCUCGAGCACGGCAGGUGAUGUUGCGGCCUGAAAACCACGAAGACCGCACUUCUAAGAUCCCAAGACUGUAUAAGAACAGCGAUGUCCUUGCUGCAGAAGCUUCUGAGCAGUCUUUGGAGGACGACGAGCCGGUUGAGCCGGAAUUGCUACAGCAUUACGACAUCCAGGAAGCCGCGUCGGUCGACCCGAUAAAUCUGAAAAUCGUCGCGCCGUGCUCUCACCACGGCAAGUGCCCGCUGCAGUACUUCAAGCCCGAAUACUACAAAUACGGCAAGGUGGGAAGACGGCUCAAGUUUUGCAACUACACGAUUGACGUCGAACGGCCGAGAUAUGUGAUGGAAUUGAAAAGGGGGGCCAAACUUGCAACGGCGUGGCAGGACAACCCGACCAAAAAGUUCAUGUCGUACGCUGGAACCGGGCGUCCGAACGGCAAGGAUUUCGAAACUGCUAGCUACUCAUAUUUGAUUGUGCAACGUGCUGUGGAGUCAAAUGAAGAACUGGAAGAACUAAGGAAGCAGGAAGUUGGUGGCAGAUCCGUUGGAUACGUUCCUCAAACUCUCGAGGAGCUGCCCCGUGUGCUAUCGCCGCCAACUAAGCGUCGAGGACUAGUUGUUGCAGAUAUGUGCGCCCCCUCUGGUCACGUUGAAAAAUGGUACAUCUCAAAGAGCGUUGGGGAGCAGGCAUACCACGAUGCGCGAAAAAUGGGAAUGGGCGACCUGUGGGCUUUAGGAGCGAAGUCUAGAGUCCAGUCGACGAAGGAGAAUGAGUUCUAUUUCCAAAAGCUGAAAAAGAGAGAGGAAGAGAUACGAAAGCAACGCAAACGCGAUGCCAAGCUGCGUAAGAAGAAAAUGAAAGAGGAAUACCGGAAAGCAAUUUAUAGUGAGCCGAAAACGUUUGGCGAAAGCUUGAGGAUGGCAGCACAGCUCGACUCAUUCAGAAUGCUUAAUUCCAGAAAGGAAAAAGAUCGGCUUCAGGCUGACAUCGAUCGCGACCAGCUGGCUUGA